AGCCUUGACCAUUUCUUCAUCCGGAAAAGCCUGUCAUGCAACAAUGAGGCCAUAAAUAUCACCCUUGAUCCAUGACAUCUCAUUAAUAUUCCAUUUGAAGAGGAGAUUUAAGAUUGUUCAGGCACACUCCUUGCCCUUCAUCCUAUACCAAUACAGACAGUUCACCCCUUAGGAACGAUUGACUUAUCAAAUGCCCAAAAACAGCAGAUCCGUCAAGAGAGAGCUUGACGAUGAUGUCACAGAGUCUGCCAAAGAUCUGCUUUCCAACGAGGAUGCAUGUGACGAACCAUUACAGAAGAGCACCGUGAGCGUGCAAAACGCAGCCGGCUGUGAGGAGCAGCACGUGGAAGAAGGCUCUGAUGAGCCUGAGGAUGAAGAGGAGGAAGAUGAAGGCGAGGAGAGGCCUGCAUGGAAUAGCAAACUCCAGUAUGUACUCGCGCAAGUGGGCUUUUCAGUGGGCCUUGGCAACGUCUGGAGAUUCCCAUACAUGUGCCAGAAAAAUGGUGGCGGAGCCUACUUGGUGCCGUACGUCAUCCUGCUUCUGGUGAUUGGAAUCCCACUGUUCUUUCUGGAGCUGGCUGUGGGCCAGCGCAUGCGCUGUGGCAGCAUUGGCAUUUGGAACUACAUCAGCCCUCGACUGGGUGGGAUCGGCUUUGCCAGCUGUGUGGUGUGUUUCUUUGUGGCCCUUUAUUACAAUGUCAUCAUCGGGUGGAGCCUGUUCUACUUCUCACAGUCAUUUCAGCAGCCUCUACCCUGGCACGAGUGUCCUCUUGUCAAAAACAAGACUGCCACAUAUGUGGUGCCAGAGUGUGACAAGAGCUCGGCCACUACCUACUACUGGUACCGUGAGGCUCUGGAUAUAUCCGACUCCAUCUCGGAGGGUGGUGGACUCAACUGGAAGAUGACCUUGUGCCUGCUGACUGCGUGGUCCAUGGUGUGUCUGACCAUGAUCAAAGGCAUUCAGUCCUCCGGGAAGGUGAUGUAUUUCAGCUCCCUCUUCCCCUAUGUGGUGCUACUCUGUUUCCUGGUGAGAGCCUUCCUACUGAAAGGUUCUGUGGAUGGCAUCGUGUACAUGUUCACCCCCAAGUUGGAGAUCAUGCUCGAGGUUCAAGUGUGGUGUGAAGCGGCUACACAGGUGUUCUACGCUCUCGGCUUAGGUUUCGGUGGCGUCGUUGCGUUCUCCAGUUACAACAAGCGCAACAACAACUGCCACUUUGAUGCCGUUCUUGUCACCUUCAUCAACUUCUUCACAUCUGUGCUGGCCACGCUGGUGGUGUUUGCCAUGCUCGGCUUCAAAGCCAACGUCACGAAUGCCAAGUGUAUUGAACGAAAUGCAAAAAAGAUUGCUGGACACCUGAGCAACGAGGUGAGUCCUAACUUAAUUCCGCAUCACAUCAACUUGAGUCAUGUGAGCACAGAAGACUACCAGCAGAUGAUCAGCAUCCUCCGUGGCGUGAUGGAGGACAGUUACCCUCAACUGGGCCUGGAAAGCUGUGAUAUAACACAGGAGCUCAACAAGGCAGUGCAGGGCACAGGACUUGCCUUCAUUGCCUUCACUGAGGCCAUGACCCACUUGCCUGCCUCUCCUUUCUGGUCCGUCAUGUUCUUCCUCAUGUUGGUGAACCUGGGGCUUGGCAGUAUGUUUGGUAUAAUGGAGGGUAUCCUCUCACCCUUUGUGGAUACUUUUAAAGUGCGGAAGGAAUACGCGACAGUCUGCUGCUGUUUGCUGGCAUUCAGUGUCGGUCUAAUCUUUGUCCAGCGAUCAGGAAACUACUUUGUGACCAUGUUUGACUACUGUGCUGCGCUGCCUCUCCUCAUUUUAAUGAUUCUGGAAAUCAUUGCUGUAGUCUGGGUCUAUGGCAUUGAAAAGUUUUUUAAGGAUUUACAGGACAUGCUGGGUUUCACUCCAUUCCGUUAUUACUACUACAUGUGGAAGUAUGUUACUCCUCUGAUGCUGCUUACCCUGCUGGCUGCUAGCAUCAUCAAGCUAGGCAAGAAUCCACCCACCUACAGAGCCUGGAUCCAGGAGCUGGCUCAGGACCAAUUACUCAAUUAUCCUCCAUGGGGCCUGGCUAUCUACAUCAUGUUAAUGAUCAUUGCUAUUUUUCCUGUCCCUUUGGUGUUGGUGUUGCGAUGUUUCAACUUGAUUGACGAGAAGGCCUGUGGCCCAGCCAUCUCCUACAAGAAGGGUCGGAUCAUUAAAGAGAGUGUUCACAGAACAAGGCAAGAGGGAGAUGACACCAGUCUCCUCCAGGGAAAGACACCAAGUGAGGCUCCUUCUCCCAUGCCACCUAACCGUAAACAGAGCAGCUCCACAGGUCAAGCAGAGCCCACCUCCAAUGGCCAUCUCAUGGUUGACAUGCCUUUAUAAAAGUCAGACUCAGGCAUAUCUGGCAAGUCAUGUCUUGUUUUUCUCUCCUCAGUUGAGUUCAUGGCUUACAUGUGAACAAACUGGUUAUUUUGCUAUCAUGUAUCAAGUUAAUAUUCCUGUAUGACUGCAGCUCUUCAGCCCUCCCCUCCUCAUGACCAGUAUUUCAUCUACAGAUAUUAGACAAUCCAGUAGCCCUAAACAUUGAUUAUGCUGGUUUUGCACACACCAUUUCUUUUCAUACAUCCACUCAUCACAGGAGCAUUCUGUAAAUACUGAUCAUAUCUGGAAUAAGGAUAGGGACUUGCCACCAACACAAUUAGAAACAGCUUAGCAGAAGUGUUUAGAAUGUAAUGUAAGCAGUGAAACCUGCAAUACGUCUUUUUUUGCUAAUUGUGCUCCAAGACCUUUACAACCUAAAAUGAUUGUUCAAAUGUGUGCCUAAUAAUUCACUUAUACAAUAUCGCUGCUGUAAAUUUUUUUUUUUUAACCAAAAAUGUUU